UUCUCCCCAAAUGCUCUUUUGAUUUGAUUUCUUCCUCAUUAUCAUCAUCCUCAUCAAUAAUUCAAUUACUGUUUGUAGAAAUUUAAUCGUGUUGGAGUUCGGCCGAUUUCGCCCCCUUUUUUUCUGACGGAGUGGUGGCUCCGUUGAAGAGGCGGUGCCAUCUCUCUCCUCCCACGGCCACCGCCGAUAUGACUACCGGCAAUGAAGCUGCAGCGCACCUAGAUCUCGAGACCGGCGAUUCCUCCGCCGGCGUUGAUGGGGGUGGAUGGGGCAGCGAUCCUGAUUUCUCCGAUCCUUUCGACAUUGCCAACACCAAAAACGCCUCCCAUGAAUCGCUCAAGCGCUGGAGGCAAGCCGCCCUCGUGCUUAAUGCUUCGCGACGUUUCCGUUACACGCUAGACCUGAAAAAAGACGAGGAACAAGAAAAGCGAAGACGGAUGAUCAGAGCACAUGCUCAAGUCAUAAGGGCUGCGUUGCUCUUUAAAUUGGCUGGACAGCGAGCAAUAGUAUUAGGCACGACAGUAGCUCCUCCAUCCCCUAACGGUGAUUAUGAAAUCGGACUCGAGCAACUUGCUUCGAUGAACAGAGAUCAUAAUAUUACAGCGCUGCAACAAUAUGGAGGGGUUAAAGGGUUAGCAGAAAUGAUAAAAACCGACGUCGAAACAGGGAUAUACGGAGACGAAAACGAGUUAUCACGAAGAAAGAGUGCUUUCGGCUCAAACACGUAUCCCGUGAAAAAGGGAAGGAGUUUCUUGAGAUUCCUAUGGGAGGCUUGGCAGGAUCUAACUCUCAUUAUUUUAAUAAUAGCUGCUGUGGCCUCUUUGGCUCUCGGAAUAAAAACCGAGGGCCUGGAGGAAGGAUGGUACGACGGAGGAAGCAUCACCUUUGCUGUUCUUCUGGUUAUUUUUGUUACAGCAACUAGUGAUUACCGGCAGUCCCUCCAGUUCCAAAAUUUAAACGAAGAAAAACGGAACAUCAAAUUGGAGGUAAUCAGAGGUGGCAGAAGAGACAAGGUCUCGAUAUACGAGAUUGUGGUUGGAGAUGUCAUACCUCUCAAGAUUGGUGAUCAGGUUCCUGCCGAUGGAAUCUUGAUAAGCGGACAUUCUCUUGCCAUUGACGAAUCCAGCAUGACUGGAGAAAGCAAGAUUGUCCACAAAGACCACAAAUCUCCAUUUUUGAUGUCUGGUUGCAAAGUAGCAGAUGGUGCCGGAACAAUGAUGGUAACUGGUGUCGGAAUCAACACCGAAUGGGGAUUGUUGAUGGCCAGUAUUUCAGAAGAUACCGGUGAAGAAACUCCUUUGCAGGUGCGCCUGAAUGGUGUUGCAACGUUUAUAGGCAUCGUUGGGCUCACCGUCGCUUUCUUCGUGCUGAUUAUUCUCUUAAUCAGAUUUUUCACGGGGACGUCAAAAAAUCCCGAUGGAUCUGUUCAGUUCGUCCAUGGAGAGACCAGUGUUAGCGAAAUAGUUGAUGGGGUUAUACAUAUCAUAACUGCUGCUGUCACGAUUGUGGUGGUUGCAGUCCCGGAAGGGCUCCCGUUGGCUGUAACAUUGACCCUAGCAUACUCCAUGAAAAAGAUGAUGGCUGACAAGGCCUUGGUGCGUCGACUUUCCGCCUGUGAAACUAUGGGAUCUGCAACAACCAUCUGCAGUGACAAGACUGGAACAUUGACACUGAAUCAGAUGACUGUAGUUGAGGCUUAUGUUGGGAAACAGAAGAUGGAUCCUCCUGAAGACGGUGCUCAGUUGCAUGCAACAAUUUCCUCUCUUCUAGACGAGGGACUUGCACAGAACACUUCCGGCAGUGUUUUUCUAUCUAAGGAGGGUGCAAUGGAGGUUUCAGGAUCACCAACUGAAAAGGCUGUCCUUCAAUGGGGUGUUAAGUUAGGAAUGAAGUUCGACGUUGUAAAAUCAGAAUCCAUAGUUCUCCAUGUCUCUCCUUUCAAUUCUACCAAGAAGCGAGGGGGUGUUGCAGUAAGAGGAAAGACGGGAUCUCAAGUGCAUAUACAUUGGAAAGGAGCAGCUGAAAUAAUUUUAGCCUCAUGCUCACAAUACGUUGAUGUGAAUGGUUCUCUGCAGUCCAUUGAGGAGGAGAAGGAACUUCUGAAGGAUGCUAUUAACGAUAUGGCCUCAAAGAGCUUGAGGUGUGUUGCCAUUGCUUACAGAACAUGUGAAAUCGACACGGUUCCAACUGACGAAGAACAGCUAUCCCAGUGGACUCUGCCAGACGAGGAUCUUGUUUUGCUUGCUAUUGUCGGUAUAAAGGAUCCUUGUCGUCCAGGUGUACAAGAUGCAGUGAAACUGUGCCAGCAUGCUGGUGUUAAGGUGCGAAUGGUAACUGGAGAUAACAUUCAGACAGCCAAAGCAAUUGCACUGGAGUGUGGCAUCCUUGCUCCGGACGCAGACACAAGUGAACCCUAUGUCAUAGAAGGGAAGACAUUCCGCGAGAUGACUGAGAAAGAGAGAGAACAAAUUGCAAGCAAGAUCUCGGUUAUGGCAAGGUCUUCUCCAACAGAUAAGCUAUUGCUCGUCCAAACAUUGCGUAAACAAGGGGAAGUUGUUGCUGUAACUGGAGACGGAACCAAUGAUGCUCCUGCACUGCACGAGGCUGAUAUAGGACUUUCCAUGGGGAUACAAGGAACUGAAGUUGCAAAAGAAAGCUCAGAUAUCAUUAUCUUGGACGACAAUUUUGCUUCAGUUGUGAAGGUUGUUCGAUGGGGACGCUCCGUAUAUGCAAAUAUUCAAAAAUUUAUCCAGUUCCAGCUCACUGUCAAUGUUGCAGCUCUUACAAUUAACGUUGUUGCUGCAGUUUCCUCGGGUGAUGUUCCUUUAAAUACCGUGCAGCUUCUCUGGGUUAAUCUCAUCAUGGAUACUCUGGGAGCAUUAGCACUGGCUACUGAACCUCCAACCGAUCAUCUUAUGGAUAGAACCCCAGUUGGUCGCAGGGAGCCGCUUGUAACGAAUAUAAUGUGGAGGAACUUGAUCAUACAAGCCGUAUAUCAAAUUUCAGUCCUCCUUGUUCUCAACUUCAGUGGCAUAAAGAUUCUCAAUUUGACCAACGCCGGGGAAGAACAUGCCAACAUGGUGAAGAAUACCGUGAUAUUCAACACAUUUGUUCUCUGUCAAAUUUUUAAUGAGGUCAAUGCUCGAAAACCAGAAGAACUCAACGUGUUUACCGGUGUGACCAAAAACCCCCUCUUCACCGGGAUAGUGGGAUCUACAUUUAUACUUCAGAUAAUCAUCAUCAAUUUCCUUGGAAAGUUCACCUCAACCGUUAGGCUUGAUUUCCAAUUAUGGGUUGUUUGCCUUGCUAUAAGCAUUGUCAGCUGGCCUCUUGCUAUUGCUGGUAAGUUCAUCCCGGUUCCAAAAACGCCCCUAGCGAAGGUCUUCAUAAGGCCAUACCAGAGCUGCAUUGCUGCCCGAAAUGGAAGUAACUCUACCUAAAAAUCAUCGUAUUUUUCCAUUCAUGAAGAUGCCUCUCAUCCAAUUUCCUGGAAAGAUCAGCAGAUAGUGAAAAAAAAACAAAAGUGAUUUUUGAUACUACGUAUGUUCCGCAAGUGUACUACUUAAGUACUUUGUAUUGACUGAUCAAAUUCUAUUAAUUACUCAAAACUAUUCUAUAUUAUUGUAGAUAGUUCAAUUGUUUGUACACAGUAUGUUUUAGCAAUAGGAGGUAUUAAGGAGUUCUACAAACACACAUCUCCGAAAUUCAUAUUCUUUACACUCGAGUCUUUCAUUUCCGAAAAUUUGUAUAUUCUAUAAAUGCUAGUAGUAAUAGGAACUGGAUAUAGUACAAUGUUUCGUAUACCCAAACAUGGAUGACGUUUAGUUACAACGAACAUCAUCGACAAACACAAUGUUUUACAACACAACCAAAUACCUUCAACUGUUACAUUAUAAGAAGUACACAG